AUGCGUUUGAAAGUUUCUCUACCUCGGACUCCACGUCAUUCAGACACAGUAUCCGCAGUCGGGUGGGCUGGAGGAGAGGAGAUCUAUUCGUACUCAGAUGAUCAUUGUCUAUUGAGAUGGAAUCUCUCUACUAUGGAGGCGACUACGGUAGCCGAAAUGCCAAGAUGGAAUCUCUCCACUAUGGAGGCGACUACGGUAGCCGAAAUGCCAAGUAAUUUGUUUGCAACAUCGAUGCAAUGGUUUCCGAGAACAGGAAAGCGUGACGUUGUCAACGAACUGUUUGUCUUAUCUGGCACUGAUGGCAAGUUUUCAUUUCAUUUUGACUAA